AUGGCCAGUGAGAGUUGGAAAGUGGUGGGCGAGACGUAUUGCAAGGCAUGGCUGCAGCAAGCUUUCGAGCCCGAAAACGAGUCGUUGCCGUGCACCAAGUUCUCGAUGGAUGUCAAGGCCACGGUUCGGCGGUGCCUGCUGCAGCAGCCUAUUGAUUUCAAUGAAGAUAUGUCGUUGUUUUUGGAAGACGAUAAUUGGAAUGUGGAUGAGAAUGAAGACACAGUCGAACCCCUAGCUAACAACCCAUUUGACUUGGCCGCCGUCAUAUCCCAAACCCUUUCUCGGCUUCAAGUCCCCUCCCACGCUCAUCAAGACAUGAUUGACACGAUCAUAUUGCCCGAAGCUUUUAAGGCCGCAAGGGAGCAUUGUGGGGUGCCCAAGGUUCUGCGUAUCGCGGUGCGCGUCGAUGUUUAUGUUGCUGAGAAGAAUUACAUGGAGGAGGAGUUUGGGGGGGACGGAUGUUUUGGAGGUUGA